AUGCCGGACGGGUAUCAUUCACUUCGCCAAACUUCGCAAUUGGGACGCGAGCUGUGUAUUCGUGCGAGAUGGGGUGAGUUUGCGCUUGUAAUGGAGUUCUUUGAAUGGAAAGGCAAACGGACGGCUAUUUUCAGCUACGAACUGAACGGUGAUGUUGAACGAAUUUGCGACGAGACGGCCCGAUGGAGCGGGACCAUUCCAAAGUGCCAAAAGAAAAAGUGCGACAGCCUUGAGAUCUUUCAUGGUGGUGGAAUCGUUCGACUACUUAAUGACACAGCUGAAUUCGGCAAUGAGAUCCAGUACGAAUGCCUUAGUGGUUGGAAAUUGAUGGGCGAGGAGAGGAGGCGAUGCCAACAUGACGGCACAUGGAGCGGUGAAACACCCUACUGUAAAGGUCCGGAAGCUCGCGAUUGA